AUGACCCCUCCUCGUCGUCGGUCCUCCAGACUUCGAGGCAGCUCUGUCACCCCCAAAAAGCCCACCAACUAUGCCUCCAGUCGUCUCGAAUCUCUUACGGAACGCGAUGAGACUCCGACCUUCGGUGCGCAAUCGAAUCUCGAUGCCAUUGUCUCCUCGCCCCUUGCUCCUCGAACUCCGGCCACUGCGGGUCGUAUCAAGCCAUCUCUGGAAGAGAUGCAUCCGAGCAAGGUCCAUCACAGCACAACACAAGAGCCGGACUCUGGUCUGCGUCUUGGUUUUGUUGACAUUAAGGCGACCGGUCCGAAUCAACCUUCUGGAGUCGAGCAGCAGACACCAUCAAAGAUAUCCGCGCCGACCUUCGAUUUUAGAUUCGCUCAUCCUGCGCCCCAGCUUGGCCCCGAGGCCCAACGAAUGAUGGACGAGUUGCGUGAAGAGGCACUCAGAAUCAAAGUUAAGCUUGCGGCUGAACGAGAGGAGGAGAGGCGCGACUUGGGAGAAGAACGAGCUGAUGGUGUUAUUGGAGGUCGCAAGAUUGCGCAGCCGAAGGGAAAGGUUGGCCGAUUCAGUGAUGUUCACAUGGCGGAAUUUAAGAAGAUGGACUCGAUUGCUGGCCAUCCGUCUGCUUUCAGAGCACAGCCAGGACGAUUCACACCAAGUACAGCUAGUCUGAAGCGAUCCCCAUCAAAAGCCCAAUUGGAUGAUAGGGAGGAAUCCCAUAAGAAGGCUGGACAUGCCAGCGAGGAGGCUGAGCGAUUGGAGAACACUGUGCCAGCCAAGCGUGCAAGAAAGCGCGUUGAAGAUGAUACUUCCUCGGCCAGACCAGUUUCCACCGAAAAUAAGAAGGUCAUGCCAACGACUCCCACUAUUCCACGCUCCCAAUCGAGCUUUCUCUCGUCAAUCAGAACUCCUACGCAAGCCUCUUUGGCCCGCGCUGCGAGUGCCACGAAGCCUGCUACGCAGAUUCCAACCUUGUCUCGGUCCCCGUCUAAGCCAAACCCGAACCCCACGCCCAAGACCUUUACGAAAUCUGCAACCGCAAAUAAUCUUGCUAGCGCUCCGAAGUCCGAACCAAAGAGUCUUUUGCGUAGUCCUAGCAAAUUCGAUCGUGUUAAGUCCAUUCUCCGAUACCCGGGCUCGAGCGCAAAGAAGCCAAGUGUCAUGUCAACUGCCAUUCCCACGUUGUCUAGAAGCCCCAGCAAGCCCAACCUCGACAAGGUACUCCCUUCAGUUCCUUCUACUCCUGGUGGAAGCGGAACCUCGAAGAUCGCAAAGCAUGUCAACUUUACAACAGAUACUGUCAAUAAGCAUACCGCGACGGGACAGAACUCCCCUUCUCCAAUGAAGUCCGGCAUUCCUCGCUCGACAUCGAAGACCAACCUCAGAGUGAAGUAUCUUAGCGGUGCGAAACUUGAGGCCAACGUUCAGUAUCCAUCCAUCGCUGAUCAUUCCAGCUUGGAGAAUGAUGCAACUAAAGUUGAAUAUCCAUCUCUCGCUGGUGUCCAUCCACUUCCCGAGGCGCCUCGUCAAACCAUCUCAACACUUCCUCCUUCAGUACCUGGCACAUUCACGUUCCGCAGUGACCACACAAUCAGCUUCGGUGCCUCUCCAAAAGCAUUCGGUUCAUCUCCAGGUCAAGCUAGCGUACGUCAAGUCCGUCAGAGUAUUCUUCCUCACAACAUGCCAGGUGCAUUUCCUGGUAACAAUAAGGAGAACUCUGAACCUCUUCCCGCUGUACCACACGGUAUGGCUAACCAACACGGUAUGGCUAACCAACACGGUAUGGCUAACCAACACGGUAUGGCUAACAAGAAGCGUCGCCGUGUUGACUCUGAUGAUGAGACCGAAGAGGAAAUCGAGCGUUCUCCGAAGAAGCACAAGACUGUGGUUGCUGAAGGCCAAAUGCUUAUGGCUCCCAACUUGCAAGCAGACAAGAUGACUCCCAAAUCUAAGGUUCAAAGCCCAGCCAAGAAGAAGGGCGUCCUGAGUCUUAGUCGUCUGAAUAUGCUGGCUCGACCAAAGAUGCGGAAGUGA